GGUAGGGGGAAGGGGGGAAUAAACCUGGGAAAUAGUUUUACUUGAAAACAUAACUGAGUUGCAGACUAAAGGCUCAAAAGGCAAAGAAAAAGGAACCUCAGGUGUAUUAUUUACAAUUUCAUAAUUUUUAAGACAAUCAUGAUUUUGAAGGGUCUGACUCAUGAUUUUUGAACACUUGAGAUUGGUAAUACCUGGAUAUAUUUGGGACUCCCAUAACUCAACAGCAUACACAGGCUUCUACUUCCCCCUUUAAGAUUCCCUUAUAUUUGUAUUUAGCCUGAAAACCAAAAAAAAUCCCAUUGCAAAUUUUUUUGCUUUCAUGUUGAGACACUGAAUGAUCACAUUAUGAUGCAUAGUAAUAUUGCCAUCUACCCUGAAAAUAAAUAAUUGAAAAUUCCUAAAUUAUCUGGGGAGUUAAAGGCCUAUCAGCCGGUCACUGAUCUCCAGCAAAAUAAUGGAACAGCCAAUACAGGACUCAGUUCUGAUUCCACAACUCAAGAAGGAUGUUGAUAAUGAUGUUUCAAAGAACAGCCACAAGAAUGAUUACAGGAUUAGAAAACAUGUCUUACAGAUAGAGACUCAAGAAGGGCAUGCUAUUUCGCUUAAAGAAAAGGUUACAGGUGACAAUCAAAGUCUGUAAGUACCUAGAUGGGGAACAGAAAUUUGAUAAUAGAUGGAUCUUCAGUCUAGCAGAUAAAGUUAUAACAAGAUUCAAUGGCUGAAAACUGAAGCUAGACAAAUUCAAACUCAAAAUCAGAUUUAACAGUGAGGGAAUUAAUCACUGGAAAAUUUACAAAGGGCUGUAGUGGAUUCACCAUCAUUGGAAAUUUUAAAUUCAAGAUUGGAUGGUUUUCUAAAAGAUAUGCUCUAGUGUAAACAGUUAAUUCUGAGAUAAUUUUAUGCCCUGUGUUACACAGGAGGGCAGACUAGAUGAUCACUGUGGUCCUUUCAGACUUUAUAAUCUAUUAAUCUGAAUCCCACAAGGUCAUAUAUUAGCAGACACAUUAAAAUAAAGACAACCUUAUUUGUUAGAUUCCAGGCAGGUUUCAGCCCUGUCCUCAUUAUCUGUCUCUUGUUGAACAGGUUGAAUGUCAUAGAUUUGGCAGUGAGGUAGUUAAUUUUUACAGACACAGAAGACAACUUUUCUCAGCGUCACAUGCAUAUCAACAGCAAUUUUUUCAGCCAUUGGAGGAGCUUUUCCUGGUCUCUGAAAAAUAAAUAACGUAUAGUGUUUUAAAUAGUGACUAAGUGUGAAUCGAAGUACUGAAAGUCUGUAGAAAAAUGAAUCUCUUUAUGGAGCUUUUGUUGCUUUUACCUAUAAUAAUUUAUGCCUACAUAGAGGCUUUUGUGAAGCUUUUCAUUCCUGUGAAGAGGAAGUCUGUCAGUGGAGAGCUUGUUCUCAUUACCGGUGCUGGUCAUGGAAUUGGGAGAGUUACAGCCUAUGAAUUUGCCAGUCGACAAAGCAGAUUGGUUCUAUGGGACAUCAAUAAGCAUGGUGUUGAGGAAACAGCUGCAGAGUGCAGAAGGCUGGGGGCCACAGCUCAUGCUUUUGUGGUGGAUUGCAGUAAAAAGGAGGAAAUCUACAGUGCUGCAGAGAAGGUGAAAAAAGACAUUGGAGAUGUUACCAUCUUGGUGAAUAAUGCAGGAGUGAUUAUAGCUGCCGAUCUACUGUCAACUCAGGACCAUCAGAUACAAAAAAUGUUUGAGGUCAACAUUCUUGCUCAUUACUGGACUGCAAAAGCAUUUCUGCCAGCCAUGAUGAACAACAACCAUGGCCAUAUUGUCACUGUUGCUUCAGCAGCUGGUCACUUGGCAACUUCUUUCAUGGUGACUUACAGUUCAAGCAAGUUUGCUGCAGUUGGAUUUCAUAAAGCCCUAACACAAGAACUUUCUGCAUUGGGAAAGGAUGGAAUAAAAACAUCAUGCCUUUGUCCUGUUUUUGUAAAUACUGGCUUUGUCAACAAUCCAAGUAUGAGAUUAAUGAAAGUUUUGGAGCCAGAGAAGGUUGCAAAUAAACUGCUAGAGGGGAUAUUGACCAACCAGAAAAUGAUUUUUGUUCCAUCAUUUCUGAAGAUACAUCUAAUAUUGGAAAAGAUUCUUCCAGAGUAUGCCUUGGCAGCAGUGUACAAGCUGCAGAAUAUUCAAUUUGACGCAGUUGUUGGAUAUAGAAACAGAGUCCUAAGUGAUUAGGUCAUCACCCUCCCCCUCAAACCGCACAGGCUGCAGAUGGUUCAUGUUUUGAGUUCAGAUCAAUUAUUCAAUAUUUUGAUUCAUUCAGAGAAAAAAUGGAAGACCCAUCACUUGCCUUCCCACAACAGCGACACUUGAUACACACUGCUCUGAGCAUCAAUGAAUUUCUGUAGGUAGCUGGCUGGCUGAGUUUCUAUUACAAUGAUUAUUUUAAUUCUUCUGGGAUUUGCUAGUAUUGUGUAAUUAACUGAAUAUGUUAGGGUGCUAAGAGCUUUAGGUGGAAAUCUUUUUAUCAUUCUAAAUCUAAAUAAAUAAAUAAAAUAGACACAUACACAAAUCCACGUGUGCAUGACAACAGACUAUGCAGGAGCAGUGGAAAAUGCAGUCCUUCAGACUGAAUGUUGCUUAAU